AUGAGUAAGUCCGCUAAAGAUAAGGAUGCUCAGGCUGCUCCGGCCGUGUUGGAAUAUUUAAACAAGCAAAAUAGGCCGUACAGUGCCGUUGAUGUUCAGAAUAAUUUGCAUAAUGUUUAUGGAAAAACGGCCGUCGUCAAGGCGUUGGAAAGUUUAGCGGCCGAUGGAAAAAUAAAAUCGAAAGUUUACAACAAACAAGUGGUUUUCGUUGCCGACCAGAAUCAGUUGGAAGAUGUCAACGAUGCUGAAAUGAAGCAGAUGGAUUUAAACAUUGCACAAAUAUCCGAAAAUAUUAAGCAACUAGUUGAAGAAUGUAAGACGCUGGAGUCAACCUUAGGUCAACUGAACUCUGAAAUGACUACUGAUGAUGCCUUGAAAAUGAAGAAUAAGUUAGCAAAAGAAUGCAGCAUUCUCAGUGAUAAACUAACAUCUUUAAAAUCUAAUACCAACUCUGUAUCACCGGCAGAGCGAGAAACUAUUGUAAAAUCACACACUUCAUUUACAAAAGAAUGGAAGAAGAGAAAGCGAAUGUGUAACGAUAUGUUGAAUGCAGUACUCGAGGGAUACCCAAAAAGUAAAAAGGCUUUGAUAGAAGAGGCUGGAAUCGAAACUGACGAAGAUGUUGGAGUUAAAAUAUGA